AUGGACUUCACCUGGUUGAGCGUGCAACCUACAUUAUGGCAGCAGAUCUCGUACGGCUUCUCGAUCAUCACAGCUUGCGUACCCAGCUUGAAAGUCAUCUUUGACGGCGUCCUCAACGACCAUGUUGGUUUCGGAAUGCCCUACCAACUCGAACCGUUGGCUGGCAGGGCCGGCUUCCAGGUUAUCACCAGGUCAGAAGACCAUGAGCUCAAGACAAAGUCAAGCGCAGUUUCACGCAAUAGAAGAGGUGAUGAGGACUUGAAGCUGACGCCUUCGUUGCUGAACCGAGCAAACUGUUACACUGGGAAGAGCUCGCGCCCGGCGGACAAGAGACACAAGGAUAACGGAGAGAGGAAAAGCGUACAGAACUUGACAGGCGCUGUCAUAGUCGUCCGGAAUGAAUUUGACGAUGAAAGGGGGUGGUCGUCGGGCGGUUCCCACUAG